AUGGCGUUGAACUUCGCGUGUCUUCUGUCGCCCAGUAUGGCAAGAGCGCCUUGCCGGGCUUGGCAAUUAAAGGUCGUACCGUUUGGUCGGUGCCUCGGGCCCGCCUCGGGCCGGUUCAACUUCCACGACUCGAACAACUCUCGAACAGAACACGUUCAUCGAUCGAUACAACCACUCACUGCUGUCAAGUCUCAGGCUCAGAACAGGCCGCUUCGUUUCGCUGUCGCUCUUGGUCACUGGCCACUACGAUUCGUUAGCAUACGUACCGUGACGGGCAUCCGAGUCGUCACGUUGACUGACCAGCCCUUCACUUCGCAGCACAACCUCGGUCCUCAGUCGGGUACCCGCACAGUCUUCGCGCUUGUUCUACCGAGCCCCGACCACGUCACCACCGUGUCUGAUCAGAAGGACUGCAAGCUGGGGGCUCUCGACGUGCAGAGCAUGCGGAAGUACCGCGUCCAACACCUCCGUGAAUGGUGGCGAUGGAGAGCAUCGAACAGGCUGGGUCCAUCGGGACCAAACCAGAACGGUCUUCCUGUCGCAGCGCUCAUACGCACUUGCGAGUCUUGGUCGGUAAACCGGUUCAACUCGUGUCAGUGGAGUAAGACCAAGGGAACAAUUGCGGAGGACUUCAGGCCCGGCGCACUGAAUAGCCGACACUUCCCCUAUGCAUUGUCCGCCUCGAAGAGACGCGCCGGAAUGUUGCUCGACCGCCGCGUUCAGACAGCGACGCUCAAAGAGCAAGCGGCUGUGGCUGAGUCGCGCCCACCGGCAUUCACCUAA